AUGUUGGGAGGCAAUAACAACGCUUUAGCAGAAUUAUUUUCUGGACAACAUUUUGCAACAUCUUCAGGUCACGAACAACAACUUUUUGGUAGUGGAGGAGGUGGAGGUGGAAAAUUUACAAGUGGUGGUAGUCCAAACAAGGACGAUACUUAUUGUGAAAUUUGUAAUAAAAAUCUUUGCAAUCGCUACUUUUUAAAAAUACAUAUGAAUAAAAAACAUGGAAUUGGUGAAAGAUCUCCAGUCAAGCUCGGAAACAGCAACUUUUUUAAUUACCAAAUUUCCACUUCUACGGAACAACAACAACAAAAUUCACAACAAUUACCUGGAAGAGCCCAAUCAGCCACCUUAUUAAAUACUAAUCGAAGAGAAUCUCCCCCAAUUAAUUCAUUUAAUAAUUCAAAAACUUCAAUACAAAAACAAGAAGAACUUCAACAAUUUUUAUGUUCGUCUACACCAGCAUCAGUUAAUAAUAAUAAUAAUUUGGGUGGAGGAGGUUCUACUAAUAAUUCUGCUGCAAACUCUUCAAAUUUGUUGGAAACAUCGCCUAAUGCUGCUGAUUCAUUUUCAACCGACCAACAAUUAAUGGGCCAAUGCCUAAUGCAGCAUUUAGCUUCACAAUUAGGCCUUUCAUCAUCACAAUCAGGAGGAGAACGUUCUUCCAUUAUUGAACAAUUAAUUGGUGCUGGCUUGCCUUUAGCUGAAUUACUUCAACAACAACAACAAUCGGCACAAAGAUCUUCUCCUUCUCCCGAUCUCAAUAAUCAAAUUAUUCAUUGUACCCAAUGUGCUAGACAAUUUCCAACACCUACCGCUUUGUUACAUCAUCAAAUAACUGAACAUAUUGGCACAAAUUUGGAACAACCAAACAAUGAAAAUAAUAAUAACCAAUUAAAUCCACUUGCAUUACGUUGGGCAAUGAAUGAAUUAAAUAAUAGUGGAGGUAGUGGAGAUGGUAGUGGAAGUGGUGGAGGAGGAGGAGGAGGGGAUGGAACAACUGCUGCAACAGUACAACAACAGCAACAAUUUCUGAACCAACUUCUCGGCUCAAAUUUUUCUCCAAAUUCUGCAGCCUCGUCAUUACUUCUCCCUGCAUUUGGAGCAUUAAAUAAUACAGAAAUGGACAAUGCUACAAUGUUAGCUAAACUUAGUGCGGAAUUAGCGUCUGUGAGUCAAGCAUCUCAACAACAACACGGCUCUUCUGGAUUGCUGUUUCAAAAUGGGCUUUCUCUUGGGCAAUCUGGACAAGUUGGGGUUGUAUUUUUUAUGUUCAUUUAUGUUUGUGUUUUAUGUUGUGUUUAUUUUCAAGUUUGUGAAUGUAUUUUCUUUCAAGUUUGUGUUUUCUUCUUAUUUAACGUUGUAUUUUCUUCUGAUUUUGUUUUGUAUUUUCGUCUGAGUUAA